CAGGCGAUGAUCGUACCCACGCCUCCAUCCAAAGAGAUUAGACGUCAAGCAGAAAGGUUGGAAGCGAAGAAAAGGAAAGGAUGCAAGCCGGGAAAAACGCCAUGGCGUCCGUCAAGGAGACGGCCUCCAACAUCGCCGCCUCGGCCAAGUCCGGCAUGGAGAAGACCAAGGCCACCCUCGAGGAGAAGGUGGAGAAGAUGACGGCCCACCACCCGGCGGAGAAGGAGAUGGCAGAGGAGAAGAAGCAGGACAAGAUCCGAGAGGCGGAGAUCGCAAAGCGCGAGACCAAGGAGCAGAAUGCCGCCGCCCGGGAGCAGGCCCGCGCUGGCCACACCGGCGGCCCCAUCACCACUGCCCACCCUUCCGCAGCCGCCGCCGGUCAUCACACCACCGGGGCGCCCGGCCAGGUCGCCGGUGACCCUACCGGGGGUCACGUGAUAAGCGGAACAGUGGAGUCCCAUCCCAUCGGUAAGGAGACUGGGACUGCCAGGCCUGCCACUGCCCACAACCCCUAUGCUGGCACCGCUAACCCGGCCGGGCGGGGAACCGGUGGUGGCUACGACUAGGAAGGGCUUGGAAUGUGUGAACAAAUUUGGAAGGCACCUUGCUGUGUUUUCUAUUUUAUCCUCUACUACUAGCAGCAGUAGCAGCGUUCUUAGGAGUGUGGGUUUCUGUUUGUUAUUUAUUACGACGUGUUUCUGUUGUUUGUUAAGCUGUGUGCUGCUUGUGUUCCCUGGUAUGCUACGUGUGUAUGUUUUUAAGUCAAGAAAAAUCACCCCUAUUAUAUUGCAAGGAAGUGUUAUGAUGUUGGACUGCAAUUGA